AUGAAUGCGGUGAACACGUUAAUGAUAAUUCGGUUACUAACUCGUAACCAACUCGCUAGCCAUGAGGAAAUACCCUACGGAUCAAUGUGGUGGAUCAUCUACGCCGGAGUUUCAUGUUUCCCUGUCAUCUUCGCCGGAAUCAUGUCAGGUCUAACCCUAGGGCUCAUGUCAUUAGGACUUGUUGAUCUUGAGAUUCUUCAACGGAGUGGUUCUCCGUCCGAGAAAAAGCAAGCAGCGGUUAUUCUUCCGGUGGUUCAGAAACAACACCAGCUUCUGGUGACUUUGCUUCUGUGUAAUGCUGCUGCUAUGGAGGCACUUCCGAUAUACCUAGACAAGCUGUUCAAUCCGUUUUUAGCUGUCAUUCUCUCUGUGACUUUUGUUCUGUUUUUUGGGGAGGUUAUUCCUCAAGCCAUUUGUAGUAGAUACGGCCUUGCUGUAGGUGCCAACUUUGUAUGGCUUGUAUGA